UUAAGUGACGUAAGAACGUAUUACUGGUGCUCCGUCCUCUGUUAGUACUUUGCUACUUAGCGUGUGCGUCUUUCAAUUUUAAGUUUAAUUUACAAUUUAGAUUCUGCGCAAAUUUUCAUCGGAAUAUUCACAUCCAUUCCAGCGCCAUGAGCACGUUGUGGAUGGGGAACUUGGAGUCUUACAUGGAUGAGAAGUUUAUCACCAGAGCCUUUGCCACAAUGGGUGAGCAGGUGAAUAAUGUGCGGAUCAUACGCAACAAGAUGACAGGGGGUGCUCUGGGUUACUGCUUCGUGGAGAUGACAGAUGAGGCCACAGCUGAGCGGUGUCUGCGCAAAAUCAACGGAAAAGCCUUACCAGGAGCCAGUCCUCCCACAAGAUUCAAGUUGAACAGAGCCACCUUUGGGAAACAAGACAGUGUUCAGAUGUAUUCUCUGUUUGUGGGAGAUCUAACUCCAGAGGUGGACGAUGGAAUGCUUUAUGAGUUCUUUUACAAUCGCUACCCUUCCUGUCGUGGUGGCAAAGUGGUGCUGGACAGCAUGGGCAACUCUAAGGGCUGUGGCUUUGUUCAGUUCCCAGAUGAGCGGCUGCAGAAGCGGGCAUUAGAAGAGUGUCAGGGUGCUGUGGGGCUGGGUGGUAAACCUCUGAGACUGAGCCUGGCUGCUAACAAUUUAAGGAACAGGCAGCAACAGCAGUCAGAACACAGAUCGCUGCAGUCCAGCUCAGGAUACAGAAACCAGUAUGACCAGUACAGCCAGUACCAGCAGCAGGCCUAUCCUGGCUAUUACCCAUCCUGGGGCUACGAUCACACUGGUGGAGGUUAUGGCUACAAUUAUCAGCAGUAUGAUUACACACAGUAUCCCCAACCACAGGGAAGUGAAGUUGUUGAGGACGAUGGACUUGAAGAUCCCAGUGUGGAGUUGGAUGUGGUGGAGGCCAACAACAAGUUCAUGGAGCUCAGUGAGGAACUCUAUGAUGCUCUGAUGGAGUGUCAUUGGCAACUGGCAGAGUUAUCUAAAGAGCAGGACUAUAUGACAUCCAGCCUACCAGAGCCCAUUUACUGCUGAAACUGAACACAUUUUCUUUUCUACAGUUUGCGUCCCCAGUCUUUCAUUUUCACUUGUCUGCUGAAAUUUUGAGACUAUGGAUUAUUUUUCUAAAGACAUAAAGGAAAUAAGUCAUGGUAAUGGAUCUGUUGAAGUGUAUAAACCCACUGAAAAUGUAGAGUGAGUAAACAGCUGUUGGUUACAAAAGAAAAUAUUUAGUAUUUAUUUAUAGAACCACAAACAUACUGAAAUCCAAAGGAUAACAAUGCCAAUGACAAAUUAAAAGACUGUUGUCUGUGGUAUUGAC